AUGUGGGAUAUUGUCUCAACCUAUGUCAAAUACGAGGAAGGCUUCACCGUCUAUGAAGGCAAAAUCAUCACCAAGCCAUUCGCUAUGUGGUCCUCGACACAUCAAACAAAUAUGAUGGCAAUGGACUAUGUCGAAUGCGUUACCUUCUCACUGCAAGUGGGUGUCUUUUUCUUGAUGCAAUCGUUCUGGAACUACCUCUCUAAUGCGGUGGCCAAGAAGAGUUUCAUGAGCUCUUUCGAAUUCAAGUUCUACAUCUUGUGGGCUCUGGGAAGUAUGGCCAUGUUCCCUAUUCUUCAAUGGGUGUUUAGAGACGAUGUCAGUAAAAGAGAAGGCAUUCCUCAGUUGGCUUAUGGCAUUGAAGCUUUAAUUACGUCUUUAUUGGGCAUUCGGUCCCACUUUAGAUUCAAGCGAAUUAUCGCAUUAUCACACAGAAAUAACGGUGCCAGUAACAAGGCCAUUGUUACUCGAUUGGCCUAUUUCAAGGACAUGAAUGUAUUGAGUUCAAUCAUUCUCUUCUUCUAUGCUGCUUCCAUCAUCAUUCUUUGCUCUGACGGUUUGACAGAUCGCAAGAUUAUCAACUCCAACAAGUUUGCUACUGAUGCUCUCAUUGCCAAUGCGAACAUUUGUACCGUUUUCCUAUGGCUGCUUUUGAUUUCGAUUUUUCACCCCCGUCCUCAAUAUUCCCGCGAAGUUGGUGGCACUUCACUUAGCAACGAUGAUUCCUACGUAUCUCGCAACCAAACCAGACCACAGGCCUCUGGCCCUGGUGGAGUCAGUGGACGAGCAAACAACUUUGUCGUGAACGAAAGCACUCGUGGCAUCACUGAAAAUGUCAAUGCGGAUGGCAAGUACAUUGGUGCUGCCAUUUCCACGAAUAACAACAAUGGCAACAAUCCCAACGGCGGUGGAUUUAUGCGUGCCAUGUCGCCAGUAACAGUCGAUUAUCCUCAUUCGCUCUCCAACGACACUAUGCCCUUAACAUCUUCAGCUGGCACAGGCAGACCUUUGUCUCCUCCAGAUGCCUAUCAACAGCAACAACAACAAAGAAACCUUGCUGUCGAGGAUCCUUACAGCAGUCAACCCGUCAUGUUUUCCAUGAUGGAUAUCAAACAACAACAACAACAACAACAACAACAAGCUAGAUAUGGCUCAUCAACGAACCCAACUCAAAUGGGCCGCCAUGACAUCCCCAUGCGUGGCAUGAAUAAUGGCAGCAUCAGCCGCAUCAACACUUCCUCUCCUCAAUCCGGAAGACGCUAUGGUGAUGGUGAGGGUGAUUACAUCGAGUACGAACAGACCAGAUCCCCUCACAAGAUCGGACGUCCUUCCUGGGAACGUAGCAAUGACAUGAGUGAACUCAACAUGCAAUCCCAGUAUCAACAGCAACAGCCAGGCCAACCUGGAGAGCAAAUGGUGAGAGAUUGGUUAUGGCAAUCGCCUGAUAGAAGAAACACCUAG